AUGAAUCUCAAUUUAUCUGCCUCACUAAACAUAUUUAAACUGCUGGCGAAGCCGUCAUUAUGUCUUCCCCAGGCAACGGUAGCCACCUUUGCCGACCUUCCAAUACCGCUCGACAAGGCGUUUGCGGGACAGAGAGAGAAGGUUGAUAUCAAGGCGGUGGUCUUGGACAAGGAUGACUGCUUUGCUUAUCCGGAGCAUAAUGAGGUCUACGACCAGUACAAGCAACGUUUCGAGGCAUUGCGAGCUGCCUACCCAGGUCGCCGUCUCCUGAUUGUCUCCAACACUUCUGGAGCCCAGAGUUAUGACCGUGAUGGAAAGCUCGCCGCUGCCGUUGAGAAGGCUACCGGUGUUGUCGUUCUUCCACAUCAGACCAAGAAGCCCGGGUGUGGCGAUGAAAUCAUGUCCUAUUUCCGCAAGCAUCCCGAGACAGGAGUGACCAGCCCAAGUCAGAUCGCCGUUGUCGGAGAUCGUUUGUCCACAGACAUUAUGCUGGCCAAUAUGAUGGGAAGUUGGGGAGUCUGGGUCAAGGACGGCGUUGUUCCUCUGUCGGAGAAGAGCGUGGUAAGUUUUUGCGCAGGGAAAUGA